AUGGCCUUCGUCGCCAUCCACGCCCGCCUCGCCGUCCUUCCCCCUCGCCUCAGCGCCGCCGCCUCGUCUCUCCGCUCCGCCCCUCCCCGCACCCGCCUCCCGCCGCUCAGGACCUCAACCGGACACGUCUUCCGCAGCCUGCGGUGCCGGCGCCGGCCGUGUCGCGCUCGCGCCGCCUCCAUCUCCAUCACCGCGUCGCUCGACCUCACCGAGGACAACGUCCGGCAGGCUAUCGUCGACGCCAAAGCCGAGCUGGCUCAGCUGUUCGACACGUCGGUCGGCAUAACAGGGCAAGUUGAUCUGGCGGAGCUGGACGGGCCGUUCGUGAAGCUCCGACUGAAGGGCAAGUUCUGGCACACCCGCGCCACCGUCGUCGCGCGGAUAGGCAACUACCUCAAGAACCGCAUACCGGAAAUCUUGGAGGUGGAGAUCGAAGAUGAGGACCAGCUUGACGACAGCCCCGCGGCUUACUGA